UACUUUGGUUGGGGUUUUCGCUGGCACCAAACUGGCGAGAAAGACCCGAUAAUAGAAAAUGACGACAGAUACCAGCCACCCGUACUCGACGUGCUCGGACGUCACCUGUGAAGCCUUUGGAAGCCGUGACAAAAUGAUCACGCAGGCGUAUGUUGCCUGGCGCUUCAUGAAGGACAAUCACAUCCCCUUUUGGGAAAUGACUGGAAGUAAUCACCUGACGGAGCAAAAAGACGAUUUCGUCUUCGCCAAAAAGGGCGAUAUCUACCUCGUCUACACCUUUGCCAAUGCGACGAGAGUAGAAUUCAGUGUUGUCGGGAACAUUGCUUACUCCAUCCAUUAUUGGAACCCCAAGACAGGCGGCGAUCUUAUUGAUGGGGGAGUGGUCAUGGCUGACUUGAUUGGUGGAGAGAUAAGCAGGAGAAUGUCCAUCCCGAUUCCACAGACGUCACGUAUUGGCUCGUCUGAUGUGCUGAUAGUGGACCCAUCAGUGGUAAGGAAGGCCAAUAAUAAAUCAGGGGGCCCGACAAACACAAGGUAUGUUGUAAUAAUGUGAGGGGUGUGAGUAUCGCCUUUGAUUGUUGUAUACGCUAUUCAUUUCUUUAGAAAGCGAGCUAGCUUACUUUUUAUCGAUAAAAAUAGCGGUGAGAGUUAUGUGGACGAGAGAUGAUAGAUCAUUUUUGUCGAGACCUUUUCCAUCGGUGCCGUCUUUCUCUACAUGCAGCCCCACGCUGGCUGGCUGUUCCCACCGGCGCAAGAGUGGCGCGUGCCGCGGACAGCGCAGCGAGAGACGACAGAUAGUCGCCUUCCGGGCACCUGGGUGUCGUGAGACAACACAGCCCAUGCCCAUGGUCGUUCCAUCAGUAGUGGGAUGGGGCUUGCAGUAGGCCUGUGAUUUUGUCACAAACGACAUGUUUCUAGCUCGAGACACAGCAGACGAGGCGGGUACGCGCAUACAAAAAACGAUCGAUGCUUCGUAGAACGAUUUACAUGAGUCAAAAUACGUACACAAUACGGACGACCCAUAAUGGAUG